ACAGACACUCUGGCAUCUAAUUGUAAAGAUAGUUUUGACAGUAUGCUGGUUACAUAUAACACAACCAUAGCAAAAGCAAUAGAUGGGAAAUGUAUUGCUUUGAGCCCAGGGAAUUUUGCCAUUAGGAGUUUCACUUCUACAACAUUAUCAUUCAAGAUAACAACUGUUAUAAGAGGAGAGUUUAUUGGGGAUGGACAAAAAUCUCCGCGGGACACUUGCAUCAACAUUUUAACCAAUGUUGUAAAUUCAUCAUAUAUUUUACCUUUUUCAUCUGUAACGUGUUCAGACAAUCAACAAGCAAUUUUUAAAGUAGAGAGUAUUGAUAGUUCUGAAGCAGGAAACAACUGUAAUGACAAUAUGGUACUUGUGAACAGUCAAUACUGUGUGAAAUGUCCACAGGGAAGGUAUUUCAGUGGAACGACUUGUGUGAUAUGUGAAGAUGGACAGUAUCAGGACUUAACAGGACAAUCAAUUUGUAAACCUUGUGGUGGAAAUACAGUAUCAAGUGAAGAUAAAACAACUUGUAUUGCAAAAUGUCCACCUGGUUUUACAUCAGAGGAUGGAAUAACAAACUGUAGACCAUGUGGCAAAGAUAAGUAUUGGGUAAAUGCAACUACCUGUGAAGAUUGUCCUGCUAAUUAUAUAACAGACGUGAUGAAUGGUGUUCCUGAUAUAGAAGGCUGUAAAGCUCCUUGUCCACCUGGGAAAUAUUCUUUAACUGGACAUGAACCAUGUCAAGAGUGUCCACUCCAUUAUUACCAAGAUGGUGCUGAACAAACAACUUGUACAGAAUGUGAUGAAAAUAAAAGAACUGAAGGUGUGGGCCAUAACAGUUCAAGUUCUUGUGUCGUCAUAGAUAAAGUGGAAUGUAAUAGUACAACAUUGAAAGGCUGUAGCAAUGGAGCAUGUCACCUCCUUAACCAUGAAGCAAUUUGCGUUUGUAACGAAGGUUACAGUGGUGCAUCCUGUGAGACUCCUCUUGAUGUGUGUCAGUCCAACCCAUGUUUUAAUGGAGGAACAUGUGUACCAAAUGGAGACAGCUUUAAUUGCACCUGCCCAUCAAACAAAGUUUGUGAAUUGCAGAAAAGGUCAGGAAAUUACGUUGUUCAAGAUGCUGACUUUGAAAGAGCAAAUAAAAAAUCUGUUGAGGCCUGUGAGAGUGAAUGUUUGAAUGAUGAAAAGUGCCGGGUCAUGUAUUAUGUCACUGGGUUCUGCUUUAUAGUGUACAAGGACGUCCCGCCUAAACCAUACACUGGUACAGCUUUGUACUACGACAAAGUCUGUAAUCACACAUACAGAUUCAGUGGUAACCAGUGUGAGACUGACUUGAUCAAUGAAUGUAAACCAGACACAUGUAGCGCUCAAGGAAUGUGUCAAGACAGAGCUGAGAAAGAACCAGUUUGUUUGUGUCCCAUUGUUGGGGAAUACUCUCAACCAAAGUAAGUGUGACCUUUUAAU